CACCUAUUGCUGACUUCACGUCAGUAAAUCUCUCCAGAACCAUUGCGCUGCGAAUUGGACGUAGACUUGGUGAAUCUACGAAAACGGCUUCUUUUUGUAUAUAAAACCGUGGUGUAUUGGCUGUUUUUCGUGCGGUUUUUUGGCAUUUUUUGACAUACUUUUUGUUUUAAAUGAACAAAGUGUAUUAUAGACAAUUUUAGAACCAAUUGCACUUUUUGUUCGGAGAAGAGGUAAUUUUUCUGACAUUAGAGAAAACCGUCGCCGUGAGAAACCGUACGGAGUGUUGUUAAAACGUUUUUUUUAGUGAAAACGAGUCAGAGUCAUCUAUAUUAUUAUUUGGUAGACAAUUGUCUUUCUUCAUAUACGGUCUAUAUUUUUCUUCUAUUAAUAAGGGAAACUAGAAAGGAAACUUACACCUUCUCCUCCUUUUUGUACUAUGUGUGAAUCUUACUAUAAUUCGCUAUGGUCAACUUUCCUUCAGAGAUUUGGCUUCGAAUAUUCUGCUUUUUAGAUGUCAAUGGUACAAAGCAAGAGAAGAACUAUGGACAGCUGCUUCGGAUUUGCAAAGCUGCAUAUUAUGCAGGUCUUCGUGUCAUUUAUUAUUAUCCAAAAAUUAACGCUCGAAAUUAUGCGAGCUUCUUUUAUGCAAUUACUCACAGGCCCUACGGCAUUUUUGUGCAUCAUUUAAAUUUAGUCAAUGCAACCUACACGGCUAAGGCGAGCAUGACGUCUCGAAUGCUUCGUUUGUGUUCCAAAAACUUAAUCUCCUUCUACUCUCCACAGUCUGGUAUCGGGUUUACCGCCUUUCGUGCCUUGUCACAAUGCACUAAAUUGGAAAUCUUGGAUUUGUCAGUACUUACUCUAAAAGCCGACCUUUUUUAUUUAUUCGAGGGUGUCAAGGAUUUGAAAAAAUUACAUUCUAUUAUUUUCCCUCCAAUAUCUCAGGUCUCCAUGCGGAGUAUAAACUGCUGGCCUACUUCGCUAAAAAGCGUCUCUUUGUCCGGUGGCUUCACAGACGAAUUUCUUUCUGAAUCCUUAUUUCCAUCAUCCAUACGCCGACUUGGCAUCUCACAUUGUCCUUUUGUUACUGAUACGGGAAUUCUCAUGUUCUUGUCUCGCAUAGGCCACCAGCUUUCUUCACUCUCGAUUUCGUUUCCCAUGCCACAGUUAUCAAGAAGGGGUCUCGAUUCUGUUCUUUUACUAUGCCCCAAUUUAAAAAAGCUUAGCAUAUCUGUCAAUUACAUAACGUCGGAUUUUAUAAGUGCCAUCCCGGAAGAGGGUCACGGACUGGAGAUUCUUGACCUAACGUUUUCGGGAAAUCUUAUAAGUGGUAUAGAGCUUUUAAAACCAGACAACCUGUCUUCAGCUCUUGUCGAUGAAAAGUUACAAUCUCUGAAACGAUUACGAUGGUCUAUCCAGCUCGGUUGGCGUGAACAGUCAGAUGAAGUUCAGGAUUUGGUCGAGCUCAUGAACGACCAAGGCGGUGAAGCUUUCGUAGCUUUUCAGUAAUACUUCUAAUCUUGUUCAGCAUACCGAAGGAGGCUUACUUCUCAACAACUAUGCCAAUAGUUCUGAUGACAUGUACACUGUUUAAGAUGCAAUGGAUGAAAAAUAUCUAUGAGGACGUAUGUAUAAGUAUAAAUAAAAAACAAUAGACUAAUGAGAACGUGUGUUUGGGGGUGUUUAAAACAAUGAAAACCUCAGCAAAAGUAG